AGCACGAGAAGGCGUGAGAUUCGGUUCGCGGCGUACGCACCGUUCAUGUAGCAUAGACCAUUUGUGGUAAAAUAGCGCGAUAGGCUAUGGUUAACCUUUACCAUUAGAAUGCAUUGCAAUUUAGUGAUGAUUCUGUAGGAAAACCAAAGGCGUAAUUUAAGAAAUGACAAAAGAAUGACCGUAUAGGAAAAAUAUUUUUCUACGCCGUUUAAUUUUUUUUAUCGCUCCCCAGUCUCUUCGCGUUCCCUCCCUCCUUUCCACCAGCCAAGAUUCCGUUAUGGUGGACGCAUCUGCAACGAGAAAAACGGACACUAUACCGGAGAUCAAACCGCUGGACCGGUAUGAUUUUGGCAAAGCCAAAACCCGCGCUAGUGUGCGCUGGCUUUUGACCAAGGCGUUUGGGUCUGAAGACAGUGUUCCAGCAGAUCUCAGGGACUCUCUGACUGGUGAUCAGUAUGGGGAAGGAGUCAACCCUGCUUUGGUGGCCUCCAUGGUGUCCUGUGAGCUGUACUGCCGUGCCUACCCCUCUCUCCUGAAGCAAGAGCUACAAACACACUCUCAUACACCCUCCAGUUCCUCGGGUCCCCCUAGAGACCACAGAAGUCUGCUGCAGCUCCUUCAGCAACAGGGCCUGCCUGUGACACACACACAAACACAAAAACCCGUCACAGACGUACAGCUCACGAAUAAGCCCAUCAACAUGGGAGCCCAUCUGGCUGUGAUAGAUUCACUGAUGUCACUGGCUGCCAUGGAGACCAUGGGUGUGAUUAAGAUGGCUAAAGAGGCGAAUCAGUUUGGGCAUGGGACCAGCUGGGAGAAUUCUCUUCUCUUCUGGAUCAACAAGUUGAUUCAGAAGCUGAGGGAAAGAACAGAGGCAGAAGAGCAGCAAAAGACAGAGCCAUGUACAGCCUUACAGCCAACGCAACCCUCAUGUCCCACACGCUGGUAUUGGAAACUGGUCCCACAUGCCAUUGCGUUUUGUUUGAAGGAGUCGGGGAAAAAACCUCCUGUGAUCCGAUACAGGAAGGAUAAAGUGCAGUCUAAGCAGACUCCUACCUUUCCAGUCAUAUCAGGCGUGAAGGAUCUUUCUAAUGGCUGUGCUAUCGCUGCAGCUGUACACUUCUACUGCCCCCAGAUGCUGCCCCUGGAGGAUGUGUGUUUGAAGGACACGAUGACGGUAGCAGACAGCCUGUAUAACCUGCAGCUUGUCAGAGAGUUCUGUGAUAGCAGCUUAAAGGGCUGCUGCCCCCUAGUGUUGGAGGACCUCCUCUAUGCCCCAGCCAUAUUACGGGUGAAUAUCAUGUGCUUCCUGUCUGAGCUACUGGCAGUGUUUGAAGUGCAGAAGCCAGAUUUCAUUAAACCACUACACAUCCUAGACCUUACAGAUGCUUCUGGUCUGGAGGACGGCACCAGCCCUGUCAGUGGCUCCCCUUUCUUAUUUAAGCAACCCCUCCUACCCAUCUCAUCGCCUGCAUCUCCUGGGGGAGGAACAGAGGGCCGUGGUUGGAGGGCAAAACAGAUCAGCCGUCCUCUUUCUGCUGUAGCUUUUAGCAUUCCUUUCCCUUUGGACAGUGAUGUUGAUGUCGUCAUGGGCAACCCGCUCUUCCGCUCUGUGAGCUCUGACAGCCUCACCAUGGGGACUAAUCCUGCCACUUAUGCACCCCCAGAGGAUCUGAGUAAACUGAUUGGUCAGGCCCCACUGGGGGAGUUACCCACCAUUGAGGAAGCUUUACAGGUCAUCCACACAGGUCAUUCUGUGCGGAGCGAACCACGACAGCGGCCAGAAGGGGCACCUGCAGGCUUCUACCUCCAUUGCCCCAAUGAAGACAAGGCCAGACUGAGCAGCUCUGCCCCUUGUCACUCAGGGCUGAUGUAUCGACCAAUUGGAGGUGGUUUUGAUGGCAACGGCAGACGAGGCGGUGGUGUCAGAAGGAUGGCAGACUCCUCUAGAGAUGAUGACUCUGUUCUCCGAGAUGGAAGCAUAGAUUCGGAUGCCUCUGAGGAGUUCUCCAAAAGCUCCACAUCCAAUCCAGGGACCCCCGCCAAUGGCCCCAACGGUGCCCGUAUGACAAGCUUUGCAGAGCGCAGGAAGAAGCUUCCAGAGUCCCCGGUGACAUCCAGGGCUCGGGAACAGGACGAGCCUUUGAGCCCAGGGAUGGUGAGUCCGGUGGGGGUAGCAGAGGCUCAGGAGCUGGGUGUGCGUCUGGAGGAGAAACGCAGGACCAUUGAAGCCCAGAAGAGGCGGAUCGAAGCAAUCUUCACCAAGCACAGACAGAGGCUCGGCAAAAGUGCUUUCCUGAAGCUGCAAAGGGAGCAGGGAGAGGGCGGGGCCAGGGACAGGGUGGGAGAAGAGGCGGAGUCACUCAGUCUAGAUGAGAAGCUAACUCGCAUGGAGGAGGAGCUGAGGAAGGAAGAGGAACGAGAGAACAAGGAGGAGAGGAAGAGGGAGAACAGCAAUGACCAAGGGAAAGAAAAGGACUGGCCAAAAGGAAAUGUAGAGGAGCAGGGCAAUGACAAAGUCCCUCCCAAACUGGAGAAGCAGGUAACGUUCUCAGUGGAUUCCAAAAAAGAGCCAGAGAAAGAGCCACCAUUGGUUGAAUAUAAUGAGGCGGUGUCAAAAUUAAGCUCUGCCUUACAAUCUCUACAGAGGGACAUGCAGCGACUCACAGAACAGCAGCAGAAACUGAUGGGAAACAAAACUACACUUACAGCCAAAACCAUACCUUCUAAAAAGACCCCGCCUCCGAGCAAGGCCUGGGUCAUACCAGCCAGUCUGAAAAGUGCAAAAACUCCAGCAACACCCCCUCACCUUUCCCGUGAGUCCACGUGUGAACUCUCCCCCUCGGGUUCACCAUCACGAAUGAAUGACCGCAAAUCCCCCAAAUCACCCGCACUCACCUCGCCUCGAAAGCCCCACCGUCCCAACUCUAAGAGCCCCAAACGGCAGCACCAGACACGCCCGUGCGACCUCAGUUUCCCACCCCUCACCCGUGUCCUGGCACCCACCCAGAACGUCGACACCCUUCCCCAUCUGCGGCGCGUGUCCCCCAGCCAGUGCCAGGUGCAGACCAGCUCCUCACUACGGCUCGGCGGCCCACGGACCCCACUGGAGCCUGGACCUCCUGUCAUUUCUGUCCCAGCCCAGGACAGCACGUCAGAGUCGGGCUCCAACAGCGAUCACACUCCUCUCUUCACCCUUGAGCUGGAGGCUGGCCCUCCUGCACCCCCUACUGGCCAGGGUCCUAUGAGUGCAGGUGGGGGCAGUAGUUCUGGUGCCCCAUCUGAGUGCUCAUUUGAGAGUGACCUGCUCCUCAGCGCCCCCAUCAGGCAAGAUGAGGGAGACACAGAUCAGGAGCCUUUGGAUAUUUUUUCCUCAGACUCCAUGAGUGACCAGACAGAGACUGAAAGUAGAAUAGGAGUUGCUCUCUACGUCAAGCAGCCUCUCUCAGAGGAGGAGAUGGCCUUGAAGAGAGCUCUGCUUCUAGAGCGUCAGCAGAGGAGAGCAGAGGAAAUCAAGAGGAAGAGAGAGAACAGUCGACCAUGCUCUACUGAAGACCUCCGUCAAUCUGUGACUCCGCCCCUCUCUCAGUCUCUGCCCACCACACACACCUUUCCUGCACCAGCCCAGGCCACACACCCGCCCCAGGACACACCCCCUGGCACACCCCAGCGGCGAGGGGUGUUCACAAAGGCGGAGUAUGCACGGCGACAGCAGCUGAAGAUUAUGGCUGACUUGGAGAGAGUGCUAAAACAGAAACCGGCCCAGCGCAACAGCAAAAAACACACACCCAACAAAAGCAACCCCCCCACAAACUCACCACGCAAACAGAAAGCAGCUGCAUCAUCUGAAGGCACGCAGUCUGACAGUCACCUGCUCAGAGACAAACCAGCAUGUAUCUCAGAUUCGCCUUCCAGGCUGAUGUCGCCAGCCCAUCUGUCCAAUCAGAAUGGAGAUAAGGACUGGGAAAAUGGCUCUAAUGCUUCCUCGCCAGCAUCUGUCCCAGAAUACACUGGGCCUAGACUGUUCAAGGAGCCCAGUUUGAAAUCUAACAAGUUCAUCAUCCAUAAUGCCUUGUCCCACUGCUGCUUGGCUGGCAAGGUUAACGAGAGCCAGAAGAACAAGAUUAUGGAGGAGAUGGAGAAAAGCUCAGCCAAUCAUUUCCUGAUCCUCCUUCGUGAUGCUAACUGUCAGUUUCGUGCCAUCUACACCUUGGACGGCCAAUCAGAUGAGCUGCAGAGGUUGUGUGGUGUCGGCCCACGUGUCAUUUGCUGUUCCGCCAUGGAGGCCAUCUACAAAUACAGCUCAGACAGGAAGCAGUUCAGCGUGCUGCCGUCUCGCACCGUGAGCAUGAGUGUUGAUGCUUUCACUAUCCCCGCCCACUUAUGGAACACCAAGAAGCAUGGCACCCCCAAAAAAGCAGCCACACCUAAAUAGGACUGAGCACAUCACCAAAAACAGGCAUGCCCGAAUAAAUGAGACCAUACCCCCAAACAGAGCAGCUGCUCCCAGAAUGAAGAUGAUGUUUUUGGGACAGGAAACAAGGUCUGCUAAAAUGAACAAAACCCAAACUCUUUUAUGGACAGUCCUAAUUGGGUGAAGUAUUGUUUUGCCAGCAUCCCAUAUGAUCAGCACUUGCUACACACAGUGAAAAUAUCCCUCAAACAAAGCUGUGUAAAACUUCCAAAACCAAACUCCCAUAACCAGGCUCCCAGACCUAUUACAAACACAAAUCCAAAACCAAGCCUGAAUGGACCAAGGUUUUCACGGUAAGAGACCACCCUAAUUGCAUGUGAAUGGUAGAAUUGCAGCAUGAGCAUUCAUAGCAAGGGCCAAACCACUCAAGCACUUAUAGGGAGGCCAAGCUUGUUUAGAUACCCUCCAAAAAUAUUAAUAUAUUCACUGCAGAGGUGUUCACAAAGACUUGUGUUGACCUUCCCUAAACAUUGGCUCACUAACAAAAAGGUUCUUAUGUUUUUACAUUUUAAAUACUGAUGCCUCUUCUAACACACUCACCUUUGGCCUUAAAAUCAAGCUGUUGAUUGGUCAGAGGCUUCUUAGAUCUAGGUGCUGAUUGGUCUAGAUGCUGGCUGGUUAGGAAGAUUUUGAAUCAUCUGCUGAUUGGACAAAGGACUUUAAGAUCUGACUGGUUAGACAAUUUUAAGAUUGGGCUUGUACCCAGUUUAGAAUCAUAUUCCUUAUCUGAGCAUAGUUCUCUUAGCCACAUAAAUCAGCUCUCCUACUCUGAAUUGCUUUAUGACACCUGGGCCUCUAUGGUUGAGGUUUCAUGUUUAUUGAAAUUGUCUUUUAUACUUUUUUUAAUUUUGACUUUUUUUUAACCCUCUGAAUACAUUGGAUUACAUAGAGUUUAAAGAGUUUUCUGUCAUGUACUGAAGUUCUGGAGCUUUCAUUUUUCCUCUUCUUGGAUGUGUGAGGACUUUUAUACAUUCCAACAUCUUAACACCUCAUAUGUAGUAUGUAAUGCUUGUAUUUUUAAGUAAUUGCAAUAUGUCUAUGACAAUUCUAGAAGUAGAACACAGAAUUCCAGAAACACUGUUGGACAGUCUCCAUGACGAUAUACACAGUUUGCAACUGUGUGUGUGUGUGUGUGCACAUGUGCAUAUUUAUGGUGUGUGUGCGUUAGUGUGCUGUCUUCAAGUUUUGGAUAAUAUUUUGGAAUGAGUCUGAUUUCGGAACCUAGUAUUGACUCCGAACUGAAUAGCCAUCUGUAAAUAGUGUAAGGUUGAGUUAAAAUAUGUAUCUCCAAUCCACACUUCCCUUCUCUUCCCAUAUACAAAAGGUCUGUGAAAUAAGAAUUACAUAUCAUACAUGCUAUGAACAAUGCUUAAAAAAUGAAUAUGUAGUAUAGAACUAGCAAGUACAUUUCACACAAAAAUUAUGGCUUGUUAAAGUACUUGGUACCUCAUAAUAAAAGCAUUCAUACAUACAACUCUGGAAAAACCUAAAUAAAAAAGUCAGUUUCUCUGGUUUUACUAUUGUUAGGUAUGCAUUUGAGUGCAAUUAAUAUUUUUGUUUCAUUUCAUAAAAUUCCAAAUAAUAAUGUCAUUUAGAGCAUUUAUUUGCGGAAAAUGAAAAAUGGUCAAAAUAACAAAAAGAUGCAGUGUUUUCAGACCUUUAAUAAUAAAAAGAAAGCAAGCUCAUAUUUAUUGUUAAACAACACUAUACUAAUGUCUUAACUUAGGAAGAGUUCUGAAAUUAUUGUUCACGUGUCUUGGCAUGCUCUCUCACCAGUCUUCCACUUUGCUUGCUAAAGAAGAUUUGGUUCAAGUGAUCACCUAAUCAGUACAUCAAUAAGUGGAAUGAAGUGAGCCUGUGUUGGAAUUCAAAAUAUACUGGAAUGUAAUGGCUGCCAUUCAUGUAGAGAUUAAAUUUUGGAGUGGUCUUUAAAUUUUUUUCCAGAGCUGCAAAUGAGAAAAUGUUACGGUUUAUGGAAGAAACCACAGUCAUGUAAAAAAAAUGUUUUAUAGUAUCCAAAAUUUGUGCAUUUAUUUAAACAUGAUAAUUUAGAAUUUUUACAGACAUUUUUUUACAAGAGCCAUUCAAUUACAUGAGCUACUUUGAAUGUGUCAACAUCGAGGGUCUACAACUGUCCUAUGAACGCUUCCCAAGAUGGUGAUGUUUUUGGACAGUCCCCGAGCUGCUGACAUUUUUGUGACAUUUUUGUGGGUUUUUUUGACGUUUCUUGAUGGUCCCCAAACUGCAUUGCUGUUCAGACAUUGUACAAUGGGGCAGUUUGCAUGUACAUUUGAAAUAUGUAAAACCAGCAUACAGUCUCUCUGACUAAGAAGUGGUGAUUUGCUGAUCUUAAACCAUGUCCACCUGGAAGCUCUUUGUGUAUAUGAUGAGUAGAUCACAGGAAGUGCCUGAGGCCUGUGAUUCAAAUGCAGCUCCUCAUCCUGGUACAGAGGCACUAGAGCCUAAAACAUCUCACAGCUGAAACACUCUGAAUCUGCAUCGUUUAUGCAGGUUUAUGGAUGUAUGUGAAAUUAUGCAAAAUAGACCGUGUUUGCAUCACCUUUAUUUAUCCAAAUAAACACAUUCAUCGUU